CUCGGUUGAGACAUCGCGUUGAGGAGGAGUGCGGUUGGAGUGCGAGAGGGUCGCGGCCGCGAUGAUCUGACAGAUGAAAUAGCGAUAAAAAAGAGCGAGAAGCCGGUCGUCCUCCCACACAAAACAAUGUUCCCCAAAGGCAAAGGCUCCCCGGUGCCCUCCGACGGCCAGGCGAGAGAAAAGUUGGCUCUGUACGUGUAUGAGUAUUUGUUGCACAUAGGAGCUCAGAAGUCUGCACAGACCUUUUUAUCAGAGAUACGAUGGGAGAAAAACAUAACACUUGGAGAACCCCCUGGAUUCCUACAUUCCUGGUGGUGUGUAUUCUGGGACUUGUAUUGUGCCGCGCCAGAGAGGAGAGAGACAUGUGACCACUCCAGUGAAGCGAAAGCCUUCCAUGAUUACAGUGCAGCAGCAGCCCCCAGUCCUGUGAUGGGAGGGAUGCCCCCUGGUGACGGCAUGCCAGGAGGACCCAUGCCGCCCGGGUUUUUCCAGGGUCCUCCUGGUCCCCAGGGCUCUCCUCACCCUCAGCCUCCUCCCUCUAACAGUAUGAUGGGACCUCACAGUCAGUCCUUCAUGUCGCCUCGCUUUGCUGGAGGCCCAAGAGGACCCCCCAUCAGAAUGGGGAACCAGCCCCCAGGCGGAGGUCCAGGUCCUCAUCCCAUGCUGCCCAGCAUGGACCCAACACGGCCACAAGGCCAUCCCAACCUGGGGCCAAUGCAGAGAAUGAGCGGCCCUCGAGGCAUGGGACCUAUGGGGCCCGGCCCACAGAAUUUCGGUGGUGGAAUGAGGCCUCCACACAACAGCAUGGGCCCCGGUAUGCCAGGAGUGAACAUGGGCCCAGGGACUGGUCGGCCAUGGCCCAAUCCCAACAACUCCAACUCUAUGCCUUACUCAUCACCCUCUCCUGGAGCAUAUGGGGGGGCUUCCGGAGGUGGGGGGCCGCCAGGAACUCCCAUCAUGCCCAGCCCUGCAGACUCAAACAACUCUGGCGACAAUUUGUACACCAUGAUCAACACUGGACCCGGCAACCGAAAUAACUUCCCCAUGGGCCCCGGCUCUGACGGACCCCUGGGAGCCAUGGCUGGGAUGGAGCCACACCACAUGAAUGGGUCACUAGGCUCUGGUGACCUGGAUGGAAUGAACAAGAAUUCUCCAAACAAUUUAAGUGGCAUUAGCAAUCCUCCUGGGACCCCGAGGGAUGACGGGGAGCUGAGUGGAAACUUCCUCCACUCCUUUCAGAGCGAGAACUACUCCCCAACCAUGACGAUGAGUGUGUGACCUCCCCUCCGCCCCCGCCCGACAUUAUUUGCCAUCAUUCCGAGGAUCUGAACUCACGAUAGGACACGGCCAAACACAUCAGCACCGAAUCAGGGACAGGCGCCAUUUUGGUUCCACACUAACGCCAGAAGCGCUGAUUGGGGAGAAAAAAUCUAAACGGCUGCAGCUCCUUGCUCAAAAAACGAAAGGACAAUAUCUCCAUUUAUCACUAUCCCGAGUGUGACAAAACCAGCUACUGAAAUGCAUACAUGACACGUUUUACGUUCUGUGCAGAGCCCCCACCCCCACUCCCACUCCUUCAGCUCUAGAGCAAAGAGAAAAAUAUGAUUGGAGUUUUUACCUCUUGUUCUUUUUAAUUAUUGCUUUGUGGUGCAAGAUGUGCAGGAAAAUGUCUCCGCUUUUUGUCCCUUAAAACACUGGAGAGUGUGCAUAUGCAUUGUGAGCUUGGAAAGUCUUUGUCUGUCUUUACUUAUCGCCAUGCCAACUGUGUCACGAAAGUCAGCUGACAUAGGACUCUUGCCUUUUACUCUUGUGGCCACCUUUAUAAAUAAUGUACGAUCCUUCCCCGAUGCCCACCCCCUUCUAUUUAAAGAGGUUUGUAAAAAAAAGGGGGGGGGGGAAGACUUGAAAGAUUAUGGCUUUUAUUGUGACGACCUUUCACGGUGUGUAAGUGCUCAGAUGGUUCUUACUAUAUGUCAAAUUGAUCCCGUUUGAUCAAUUCCACUCUCUUAUUGCUGACAGCGAUGCGAUCCUGGCUCAUUUAAUUUAAACGCCUCGAUCGCUGUGCAAGGGGAAGCAGACUUCGGCAUAAGAAGUGAGUGCAUGAAUGCUGAGGAUCUGUGUACAACAUACUACCUAGUGCUGCUCUUCUCUCUGUGGACACCUGCUUCAAGAUGUGGCGUGUAUCUCUUUCCCCGUCUGUGCUUAACACUCUGUGCUCCUCAUCGUCGUAGCCUUCUGUGUUUUCUCCACUUUUGUUUCAUUAUGAUGCUAUGAACGAGCGGCCCCAUUUUAAUCUCAUACACAUUGGUUGUUCCUCCUGUAUCGUUGGGUGGUCCCUCCCUCCCUCCCUCCUCCUUCUUGCCCGCCCACAGGUUUUUUUUAAAUAUUUUGAUACAAUCUUUGACUACAUAUAUUGCCCCCAGUUAUUCAGUUAGUCAAAGCGCUCUAAAACCCAUCCUAGUAGGCAUCAUUAUAAACUUUAGCAGCAGUCUUGUAAAUGUGAUGAGAAUUUUUAUUUCCUCUUUUUUUUUUCUGUGAACAUUACGCAUUAUAUACAUCUGUCCUAUGUUGCCUUUAUUUGCUGAUAUUUUUUUAUUUCAAAUUGAGGAAAGAUUGCUUGUUAAUAUAAUUUUACAAUAACUUAA